CAGAAGAAGAACAACAAAAUGGCGCUGACCGGAUGUUGUUUUCCGGAGAACUCCCACCAGAAAUAACAAAUUACGUUUACAUAGAUUCACGCCAAAUUUAGCAAGUAAUACCAAAUCAAUUUAAUUUAUAAAGCUCACCAAACGGUUGUACGUUGGAGUUUUAUCCGAAGUGAACAUAGAAGACGAACCGCUGCUAUGCCAAGAUGGCGGCGUCCGGUCAAAGAGAAGCAGGAAGAGAAUCAACAAGGGAGAAAAAGCCCCAAAGUGCAGAUAACGGCAUCCAGCAGCGGAUCGGUCAUGAAGAAGAAGAAUGUCUUCCUCAGUCGCAGUGGGGCAGCUCCAUUUUGAAGCCUGAGAAUCCGCAGCCCCCCCACAUAAAGGAGGAAGAGUGUCUUCUUGGGGCGGAGGAGGCUGAUCUCAUCAAGUUGCAGCUGACUGGUGUCUCUGUGAAGACCGAAGAACACGAAGACAAACCACCUGAGUCAUCAUGUCGAUUGUGUCCUUCAGCUAUCCAGCUAUUGAUUGCUAAUGAAGAAGAACGUCCUCCUCAUCCACAGGAGGGGAGGUCCACUUUGAAGCAGGAGGAUCCACAGCCCCCCCACGUUAAAGAAGAGCAGGAGGAACUCUGGAUCACUCAGGAAGGAGAAUGUCUUCUAGGGCCCGAGGAGCCUGAUUUAACCAAGCUGCCACUGACUGUUGUCUGCGUGAAGACCGAAGACCAUGAAGAAGAACCACAAGUACACCGCCUCUUAGCUCCACUGUCAGAUAGUGACGACAUGUCCCCCUCUCCUGAGGACACCCAGGAACCGUUGAGCAGCGAUACAGACCGUGGAGGUCAUGUGAGGACUCACGCUGACAAAUGCUCUAAGAAGAAGACACGUAAAAAACAUUUGACUUGCACAGUUUGUGCCAAAGCGUUCAGUCAAAAGGGUCAUUUGACUCAACACAUGCGAACGCACACAGGAGAAAAACCAUUUAGUUGUUCAGUUUGUGAGAAAAGAUUCUCAGUCAAAAGCAAUAUGGUAUCACACAUGAGAACGCACACAGGAGAAAAACCUUUCUGUUGCUCGGUGUGUAGUAAAAGAUUCUCUCACAAAGGCGCCAUGUUAAUACACACGAGAACACACACAGGAAAAACACCUUUUUGUUGCUCCGUUUGUGGCGAAAGCUUUUGUCACAACAACAGUUUGAGUCGACACAUGUCCAAACACACGGGAGAGAAACCUUUUAUUUGCUCGGUUUGUGGGAAAAGGUUCACUCAAAAGCCGCACAUGAUAUCACACAUGAGAACCCACACUGGAGAAAAACCUUAUAGUUGCUCAGUUUGUGGUAAAAUAUUCUCUCACGAUACAACAUUGCGAUCCCACAUGAGAACACACACCGGAGAGCAACCGUUUAGUUGCUCUGUUUGUGGUAAAAGAUUCUCUCAAAAGCCGCACAUGACGUCACACAUGAGAACGCACACGGGAGAAAAACCCUUCAGUUGUUCGGUUUGUGAGAAAAUCUUCUCUCACGAUGCAGCUUUACGAUCGCACAUGAGAACGCACACAGGAGAAAAACCCUUUAGUUGCUCUGUUUGUGGGAAAACAUUCUCCCAAAAGCCGCACAUGAUCACACACUUGAGAACACACACAGGAGAAAAACCGUUCAGCUGCUCAGUUUGUGGGAAAACAUUCUCUCAAAAAUCAAAUAUGGUGUCACACAGGAGAAAACACAGUAGAGAAAAAGCUUCUCAAAUUGGUCCGGCGUCAGCCUCAGAUGAAAAGAAAAUCAGAUGAUGAGCAGCUACAUGAUAACCAGCACAGAAAGCUUUCUAGGUCUUUCAGAAUCUGCACCUAUUCCAGCUGUAUUUCUUUGGAUUUCAUGCUUCCCACAAAAAUUCAUUCAUUCAUUUUCUACCGCUUUUUCCUCACGAGGGUCGCGGGGGGUGCUGGAGCCUAUCCCAGCUGUCUUUGGGCCGGAGGCGGGGUCCACUCUGGACUGGUGGCCAGCCAAUCACAGGGCACAUAUAGACAAACAACCAUUCACACUCACAUUCAUACCUAUGGACAAUUUGGAGUCGCUAAUUAACCUAGCAUGUUUUUGGAAUGCGGGAGCAAAUCGGAGUACCCGGAGAACUGGAAUUGAACCCUGGUCUCCUAGCUGUGAGGUCUGCACGCUAACCACUCGACCGCCGUGCCGCCCUCCCACAAAAAUGGUCUGUUUUGAUUUCUUCCACCCAUGGCUCGCCUCGUUGUGGGUCAUACUCCCAAGGACAGGCCUAGUCGUCCCUCACCACAUCUUACAUACCAACAUAAACUGUAUUGAUAAAUCAUUCUGUUUUGUGCUUGAGUACGACCUAUUAUUCAUUCAUUCAUUUUCUACCGCUUUUUCCUCACGAGGGUCGCGGGGGGUGCUGGAGCCUAUCCCAGCUGUCUUCGGGCGAGAGGCGGGGUACACCCUGGACUGGUGGCCAGCCAAUCACAGGGCACAUAUAGACAAACAACCAUUCACACUCACAUUCAUACCUAUGGACAAUUUGGAGUCGCUAAUUAACCUAGCAUGUUUUUGGAAUGUGGGAGGAAACCGGAGUACCCGGAGAAAACCCACGCAUGCACGGGGAGAACAUGCAAACUCCACACAGAGAUGGCCGAGGGCGGGGACCGAACCCUGGUCUCCUAGCUGUGAGGUCUGCGCACUAACCACCAGACC